UUUCUUCCCCGUUAGACAUUCAAAAUAGUCAAUCCUCAUUAAGUGGGUCGAAGUUGGAUGUUGCAGAGGAAUAGUUAAAAACUGUUUAAUUUGUGAUCGAAUAAUACUACUGGUACGCGGAGUCUAAAGAUACGCGAGAGUAAUUUUGGUGCACAUCGUGAUCUGGGAUUUGUUUUUCUUGUAGCAAACCACAUCAACAUGUCAAGUUUCCGAUCUGUGGGAGGAGUGUCAGGACGUGAGAAGCGGAAAGGUCGUAAGCAUGGAUUGAAUGAGCAAAAAAGGCAAGAGAUUAAGGAGGCAUUUGAAUUAUUCGACACUGAUGGGUCAGGUACAAUAGAUGCAAAGGAGUUGAAAAUUGCCAUGAGGGCUCUGGGGUUUGAGAUGACAGACGAGGAAAUAAAGCAGAUGAUUGCCGACGUUGAUAAAGAUGGGAGUGGGGCAAUCGACUUCGAUGAAUUUGUAUACAUGAUGACAGCAAAAAUGGGAGAACGAGAUACAAGAGAAGAAUUGACAAGGGCAUUCCGAGAAAUAGAUCAGGACAAGAGUGGAAAGAUCUCUCCCGCGGACAUUCAGCGAAUGAGCAGAGAGGUGGGUGAGAGCUUCACAGAUCAGGAGAUAUAUGAAAUGAUUAACGAGGCAGACCAUAAUGCUGAUGGUGAAGUUGAUCUGGAAGAGUUCUUCAUGAUGAUGAAGAGAGCCAAUCUUUUCUAGUUCCUGUGCUUCUGGAGAUGUUCUUUCUGUUCAGUUGACUGUAUAAAAAUAGAAACACGGCGUGUUGGCCUGGUUAUUUUAGAAACAUAAUGAAUCUAAUUUGAUUAUUUCUAGGAUACAGGCACCUUUAAUUGGAAGGGGAUAUCAAGUUUCAAUGAAAAGUGCCCAUAUUUUAGUGUUUGGUUUUGUA